CCCCAUGGGUGCAACUGCAGCCUGCUGCGUCCUGCUCAUUCUAGCCGCCACGGCUGCCUCCUCUGUGUACGCACAACAAGCCGGCGGUGGGUGCUUCGCAGGUGAGAGGGAUGCGCUGCUCUCAUUUCGAGCCGGCAUCGGAAAAGAUCCCCAGGGCCUCCUCGCCUCGUGGAGUGGCCAGGAUUGCUGCCUCUGGAAUGGCGUCAGGUGCAGCAACACAACAGGCCAUGUUGUCGAGCUCGGCCUCCGCAACAGUUUCUUCUUGGAUGAUCAGUUCGCUCCCGUGUUCUCCAACAACUCUCAUGGAAUGCGUGGAGAGAUAAGUUCUUCCUUGCUUGUUCUGCGUCAUUUGGAGCACCUAGAUCUCAGUGGGAACUAUCUCGGGGGAAUAGGCGUGCCCAUACCAAGAUUCUUGGGCUCUCUCCCGAGCUUGGUAUAUCUCAACCUCUCCUCCAUGGAUUUCGACGGGAAGGUGCCCCCUCAACUCGGCAACCUCUCCAGGUUACUAUAUCUUGACCUCAACAACAUCUGGAAUCCUAAUGAGUUUUAUGGUGAUGAUAAUAUAUUGCAUGCCGAGGAUAUAUCGUGGUUACCACGUCUCCCUUUGCUAAGGUUUCUCGACAUGAGUGGUGUGAAUCUCACCGCUGUUGGCAACUGGGUUCAAGUGCUUAGCAUGCUUUCUAAUUUGAGAGCACUUCGCCUUUCUGAAUGCCAUCUUGUCUUUCCACACACACCUAUUCUGCAUCCUAACCUAACAUCACUUGAGAUGCUUGAUUUAACAGCGAGUGGGAUUGACACCUUGAACCCAACCUACUGGUUCUGGGAUGUUGGCACCAUCAGGCAUCUUGAUCUCACAAAUAACAUAAUUUCUGAACCUUUUCUGGAUGCAAUGGGAAAUAUGACUUCCCUUGAGGUUCUGAAACUUGGAGGCAAUUACCUCACAGGUGUAAGAACCGAAAUCCUGAACAACCUGUGCAAUUUGAGAGUGCUAACACUGUGGUCAAAUCCGAUCAACCAAGACAUUUCAGAAGUUUUGAAGGGGUUGCCUCAGUGCGCAUGGAGUAAGAUAGAGUUGCUAGAUCUAUCUUGUACCAAUAUCAGUGGGGAAAUUCCAAAGUGGAUUAACCAAUGGACUAAUUUGAGCAUUCUUCAACUAUCUUCAAAUAGGCUUGUAGGAUCAAUAUCUACUGAAAUUGGUAUGCUCAGCAAACUCAACCAGUUGUAUCUCGAUGGUAAUCAGUUAAAUGGCUCUAUAUCGGAGGAACAUUUCACCAGUUCAGUGAAUUUGGAGGAACUGGACUUGUCUUACAACUCCCUACACAUGACAAUCAGCUCACACUGGAAUCCGCCCUUUAAACUGCAUCUGGCUUAUUUCCCUCGUAGCAAAGCUGGACCUCGGUUUCCUUUGUGGCUUAAAGGGCAGAUCAGCAUUACUAAUCUUGACAUUUCUGAUGCAAACAUAGUUGAUUAUCUCCCGGAUUGGUUUUGGACUGUAUUUUCAAAUGUUCAAUAUUUGAACAUCUCUUGUAAUCAGAUCAGUGGCAGGUUACCAAGGACACUUGAAUUUAUGCCUUCUGCUCUAAUAUUUGACCUCAACUCCAAUAACCUCACUGGUACUCUACCGCACCUACCAAGGCAUUUGAUAGAGCUUGACAUUUCCAGAAACUCUUUAUCAGGGCCACUACCGCAACAAUUUGGGGCUCCAUCCCUCAUGGAUUUAUUGCUUUCUGAGAAUAGUAUCAAUGGCACUAUACCACCAUAUAUUUGUCAGUUGCAGUUACUGCAAGUUCUGGACCUCGCAAAGAACUGUCUUGUAGGACAGUUUCCCCUCUGUCCAGAGGUAUCCGAAGGAAGAUUCAUUAAAGCUAUAAUUUUAAAUGAAAACAACCUUUCUGGUGAAUUCCCUUCAUCCUUGCAGAGCUUCCCAGAGUUGAUUCUACUUGAUCUUGCCCAUAACAAAUUUGGUGGAGAGUUGCCGACAUGGAUAGCAAAGAAAUUGCCAGAUUUGUCUUAUCUCAAGCUGCGGCAUAAUAUGUUUUCCGGUUCUAUUCCAGUUGAGCUCACACAUCUUGGAUACCUGCAAUAUCUGGACCUUGCGUAUAACAGAAUAUCAGGAUCAAUACCUCAUACAUUGGGUAACUUGAAAGCUAUGGUUGAGGAUCAGACACAAUCACAAGUUGACCCUUUAACGUGGAGUGUGGAAAGGCCAGGAAACCCUGCCACAGACUAUGAAACAAAAUAUGAUGAUAGCUUAGUAGUGGUAAUGAAAGGUCAAUACCUUGAUUACACUAGCAAUGUCUUUUAUAUGGUUGGUCUUGACUUGUCCUGCAACAAUUUAGUUGGAGAUAUUCCAGUUGAAAUAACAUCUCUUGUUAAUCUGAAGAACCUGAACAUCUCCUAUAAUGGGUUGUCCGGUAAGAUCCCAGAGAAGAUUGGCCUUCUUGGAUCAUUGGAGUCUCUUGACCUGUCAUGCAAUGAACUCUCUGGCGAAAUUCCUUCUGGCUUCUCAGACAUGACAAUGUUAAGCAAGAUGAACCUGUCAUACAAUAAUCUAUCAGGAAGAAUUCCCACCGGGAAUCAGCUCCAGACGCUCAUUGAUCCAGCAUCAUCGUACAUCGGCAACAAAUACCUCUGCGGGCUUCCUCUUUCGAGGAACUGUUCAGGGCCUAAGGUAUUUGGAGGGGAUCUUGACAAGCAUCAAGGAGAGGCGAGGUUUUUCUAUCUUGGUCUGGCUGCGGGAUUUAUCCUGGGUCUUUGGGUGGUCUUUGUUCUCUUUUUAUUUUGUAAGAGAUGCAGAGUUACUUGUUUCCAACUGUUUGACAAGCUAGUGCGUGCUAUAAAAGCAUUCAUGGCCUGAAAUUCUUCAAGCUGCCAUGGAAAAUUUCUGUUCCGAAGACAGAACCCUAAUCAGCAUUGUAUCAUCAUGUAUUUUCUAUUUUUCUUUACACCUUGCUCUUUAAUCGGCUGUACCGUACUAUUCAAUUUGGGGGCAUUCCUUCAGUACUCUCUUUUUAUAAUAUACGCCAAGAGAUCAACUCUAGAGGGUUGCUACUACUGUAAUGCACCAUUGUAAUGAGGAUCCACCAUCAUGGAUUGUUGUAGAUAAACAUGGUAUUUUCUCAUCGUUGAGGGUGAAAUAA